CGACUAUUUUCCAUAAGUAAGGAAACACACAAAUAAUCACACUUGGGCGCAACCGGCUGUGUGUCAAUAUUUUUUCUUAUCGUUCCAUUACGUCAUCAUCCGGACUGCCACACAUAAAAAACUUCGCCGAGGCGCCCAUCGGUAGCACCCAAAGAUGUCGAAUGAGCAACGUCUGGAAGAAGAGAUUGCCCGUUUGCAAGAAUUGUUGGGAACACAAGCAAUCACUACGAAUAACGCAGCUGCUACGAACAACGUACCCGACGGUCCAAUGGCUGUGAAUAAAAUCGGCAUCAAAGUGGGACCUUUCUGGAAGCGCGACCCCAUCCUCUGGUUCGCCCAAAUUGAAGCGGAAUUUACACUAGCCGGAAUUAUUAGAGAGGAUACUCGAUAUUACCACGUCCUAGCAGGUAUCGAUUCGGAAAUCCUCGCGUGCUGCUCAGACAUUAUUCGAGACCCACCUGCCGACGAUAAAUACACUAAAAUUAAGGAAAGAAUUAUCCAAGAGUACAGUACGAGUGAACAGAACCGUAUGCAGCAGCUAUUACGAGGAUGUGAACUAGGAGAUCGCAAGCCUUCUCAGCUUCUACGUGAGAUGAGGGAUCUUGCCAGAGACGUUAUCACUGACGAAAAAACAGGAAGUGGGUUAUAUCUAUGGUAUAACCGCAAGUCCUACGUCAAAAUUAUCAAAUCUCUGUGGAUGCAGCAGUUACCCGAAACCACCCAAGCCGUUCUUAAAGUAUCAGAAACUACACUCCAACUAUCACAGCUAGCCGAACAAGCCGACAAGCUUGCAGACAUCACCAGGAACCGUGUUGCAUCGUCCGUAACAGCUUCGCCAGACAGCACUAACGAGAUAGGCUUGGCGGAAUUACGAACACGAAUCUCCGAAAUUUCAAACGAGCUGGCCGCAUUCCGUCAAGAACGCAGCAGAUCUCGCAACAGAAGUUUCAACAGAGAGCAAAGCUUUCGGAGCGGCUCUCGAGAAUAUCACCCGUAUUGUUACUACCACAGAAAGUUCGGAGCAAAUGCAAAGAACUGCCGAGAGCCUUGUCAGUUCAAAUCAAAAAACUAGAUCAGCU